AUGAAGAAGUUCAGUCUUCCGUCCCUUGAAGUCAAAGGCGCACCGUCGCGUGAAGCAGCUUUGGAAAACGACGAUCUGCUGCCGAUCCCACUUGAGAACCGUACUUGGGACUUCUGGACGUUCACGAUAUUCUGGUUUAGUGCUGUCGGAACAGUAGCUAACUGGACGGGCGGUGCAACUUAUCUUGGUUACGGUCUCAGUAUCUGGGACGGUCUCCUUGUCAAUUUCUUUGGCUACUUGAUUAUCGCCAUGUUUAUGGUCCUCAAUGGUCGUGCCGGUGCUGUCUACCACAUCUCCUUCCCUGUCUACGCCCGUAGCUCUUGGGGCGUCUUUGGUGGUCUCUGGCCCGCCUUCAACCGUGCCAUGAGUGCCGUCGUGUGGAACGGUGUCAACUGCGUCACCGGUGGCCAAGGUAUCUACAUCAUGAUUCAUUGCAUCUGGCCCUCGGCUGCCAGGAUCCCAAACAAGAUGCCCGCUUCAUCAGCGCUCGACACGGCCAACAUGAUGGGCUUUGUCAUCUUCUGGGCAUUGUUAUCCGCCAUCCUCUUCCUGUCUGUGCCCAAGUGGCGUAUUUUGAUCCACAUCAAGCUCGCUGCCUACGUGAUCUCGUCGUGCGCCAUGCUUGCCAUGGCUAUCGUUCACUCGGGCGGUGUGUCCGACAUCCUCAAGGAGAAGUCCACUGUUCACGGCUCGGAGCGCGUGUGGCUCAUUGCGCGCUUCACCCUCCUCUCGGCGGCGUCGUGCUCAACCUUUGCGUCCAACGCUUCCGACUGGCAACGUAACGCUACCAAGCCCUCGGACCCCAUCUUUGGCCAGCUUUUCGGGUUCCCCAUGUCCAACUUUAUUGUUUCCCUCUUUGGCAACAUUGUGGCCGCGUCGUCAAGGAAGACCUACGGCGAGCUCAUCUGGAACCCACUCACCUACCUCGACCGCAUGCUCACCGACUCGUACUCUGCCAAGUACCGUGCGGGUGCCUUCUUCAUCGCUCUCGGCUUCACCUACUCGUCGCUCUUCUCGUGUGCGUUCGAGAACGUCCUCCCUGCCGGUAACGACAUUUCGGCCAUCCUCCCCAAGUACAUCUCAAUGAAGCGUGCGUUCGCCAUCUGCCAGAUCCUCACCAUCGCCAUCAACCCGUGGUACCUCCUGGGCUCGGCCGGCGUCUUCAUCUCGUUCCUCGCCUCGUACCAGAUCUUCCUGUUCGCCAUCACCGGCAUUCUCCUUGUCGACUACUACAUUAUCAACCGCGGCCGCAUGGACCUCGCGUGGCUGUACACGGCCGACCGCAGCGGCAAGUUCUGGUACACUUACGGUAUCAACUGGCGUGCCGUCGUCGCCUACCUCGUCGGCAUCGGAAUCAACUUUGCCGGUUUCCUUAACAACAUGGGCAAGCUCGACGUGAGCAUCGGCGUCCAGCGCUCGUUCUACUUUGCCUUUAUCACAUCGGGCACCGGUGCCGGCCUCACGUACUACCUCCUCGCCCGCUUCUUCCCGCAGACCAGCUACCUCGAGAACAAGGGGCUCAAGUUCGCGGAGUGGUCCCAGGACGAGGUCGAGACGUACGCCGGAGGCGUCAACAGGCAGCGCGACGGCGCGGCCGACAAGAACGGCGAGCUCCGCCGCCGCUCGCCCGUCGAGGAGAAGGACCUCACCGACGUCACGGUUUCCGAGGUGUAA